CUGUUUCUACAGAAUCUUGGUAAUCCACUCAUCUACUUCCACAUGCACUAACUCUCUCUCUCUUCAAUGUCUCCCGCGAAAUUUUCACCGCCUUUUUCUCUCUCUAGGCGCCUUCGCCAGUGACAGUCACUCUCUCACUUCCCAGAAUCUUCGUACUUUCCAUUAUAUACAAGAAAACUUUUUUGAUUUCAAACUGUUGAGUUGUAACUAAUAUUCCUGCAUAGAGAAAAAGAGAUUUCCUCCUGCCCCGGUAUAUCUUGUUUCCUUCCGUGGAGUCUCUCUUUGUUAUCAACCCCUUUUUUCUAGCCGUUGAGCCCUUCCUUAAAUUACAAAACUUGUAUAUGCUAAUGUUACCUUAAUUAUGUUUUUUUCUACAAUCCCUUCCAAGAUUUCUUGUACAUAUUGCUUAUAUAUAUAGGUUACUGACCGUUAGGCAGUAAAAGUUCGAAUCUUUUAUGAGAAUUUGAUCCGAGUGAUCAAAUCUUGUGUUUUGUUUUUCUGGGAUUCUGCUAAAAAGUUUGAUUAACUGUGGGCCGAAAAUGGAAGAAGUUAAAUGUAGUAAAAUUGAAGCAGAAAAAGAGGAUGGCAGAAAUAACAGUGCUGCUGCUGUUGAUGAUGAUGUCCAUGGCAACUCAAGAAAAUUGUCUGGUCCAACAAGAAGAUCAUCCAAGGCAAACUGGACAGAGGGAGAGGAUAACAUUUUGCGAGAUGCUGUUAAAAAAUAUGAAGGGAAGUCGUGGAAGAAAAUAGCUGGAUGCCUCCCUGGUCGAACGGAUGUUCAGUGCUUGCAUCGUUGGCAGAAAGUUCUAAAUCCGGACCUGGUUAAAGGGCCAUGGAGUAAGGAGGAAGAUGGCAUUCUCAUUGAGUUGGUUGAGAAUUCCGGUGAUCAUAAAUGGUCUGAAAUUGCAGAACAGCUUCCAGGCCGGAUGGGGAAGCAAUGCCGGGAAAGGUGGUACAACCAUUUGAAGCCAGAGAUAAAUAAGGCGGCGUGGACAGACGAGGAGGAAAGGAUUCUGAUCAGUGCUCAUGCUGAAUAUGGGAACAAAUGGUCCAUAUUAGCCAAGCUUUUACCUGGCAGGACUGAGAACUCAGUCAAGAACCACUGGAACUGCUCUCUGAAGAAGAGACUCUGUAGCUACCCGGCCUGUGGCUCCAUUGCAAAUCAUCCUCGAUUAUCUGUACCUCCUUUGCAAGCCAAUAGUAAACGAGUUGCUCGAGAUUCCACUGAAGCAAACCAAACUCUAAGUACCACAAAUUUGGAUAGUGGGAGCAAUAUAGAAUUGUGUUCCAUGGAUUUUUUUCUUGGAAAUCUUAGCAAUUUAUCAUCUGCUUCAGGAGAAGCAAGAAAUUCAUUGCCAUCAACUUCCAGCAAGACUAUGAUUAUGGAUGACAUGUCAAAGGCCUUGAAUCAUGGUACUAGAAAGACACGAACACAAGGUUUUGCUUCACUAGGUGAAGAUGAUCCGUGUCAUCAGGCUUCUCUUGUAUGCAACAAUAGGGAUCUAAUUAGGCCAAGACGAGACAAUGAUGAUAACCUUGAGAGAUCAUCAGAGUUGUCAUACACAGGCUUAUGCUAUUUGCCGAUUCAGUGGGCAGAUUUAGAUAUUUUCUUGUCGACUGGUAGGUUUCCGAGCACUGAGAGCUAUAUAUGCGAACAGUCAAGAUCAAGACAGGAUGUGAAGGAACCGCCAUGUGAUGCAUACAGCAGAGCUAGGGCCAUACUGAGGAUCGCAGCUACGAGCUACCGUAAUGUGCCGUCUAUUAUUAGAAAACGCGCUAUCCAGAUGCUGCACGGAAGUGUUUCUGCAUUGGAUAAUGAUGUUGCAGUGAGAGGUAAUCAAGUCUCAAAAGUAAUUGAUGAUGAUGAUGAUCAAGUUCAUACUUGCACUUUUCUCUUACAAAGCUUGAGAAGUUUGCAGCCGUUGAAUCUGUGGGGAUUUGAACGAGAAUCUGGCGAUGCAUGAGAUUGAAAUGAUGUCAGGAGAAACAAGGGAUUAAGAUGGUUUCUGUGAUCAGGAUCGAUCAGAAACUUCCAUGGAAGUCAGGAGUAACUAACUUACAAUAAUGUAGGAGAUUGACGGCAGAGAAUUAAUGUUUACACCAAUAAAAUUUUGGUAUGUUUAAUGAAUAUGAUUCUUGAAAAUGGUGGUUUU